ACUUAUUAUCAAUAAGAAUAGUGUUUUUAAAAAUACAAAAAAAUGUCGCAACGAAAAAUUAAUAUCCUUUUAUUAGGAGAAACUGGGGUGGGAAAAACAACAUUUAUAAACAUGUUAACAAAGUAUCUUCUCGGAAGUACUUGGUCUGACGUUGCAUCUGAUGAUUUCACGGUUCUUGCCCCAAUAACUUUCACCCACAUCAACGAAAACUUUGAAGAAAACCAAGUUAACGUAGGAAUUCCGAAUGAAAAUGAAAUCACCACCCCCGGAGCUUCAUCAACGCAAAAACCAAGAUCAUACAUUUAUCAUCUCUCAGAUGAUGUGAUUUUAAACGUUGUGGAUACCCCCGGAAUUGGGGACACAAAAGGAUUAGAUUUUGAUUUAAACAACACUCACACCAUGUUGAGAUAUAUUUCGGAACUUGAGUACAUAAACGCUGUGUGUAUCUUUUUAAAACCAACCGAUUCGAGAUUAUCAGUUAUUUUUGAUCGCUGCUUACGAGUGAUUUUAAAAGAGCUCGUUCCUAACAUACGAAACAAUUUUGCGUUUGUUUUUACAAGAACCAGGGGUACUCAUUAUGGACCGGGGGAUGCUUACCCACUUCUUCGUACAGCCAUCGAAGAAAUACAAAACAUAACGGGUUAUGCGAUACCUUUAGGAAAACACAACGUUUUUUGCUUGGAUAAUGAGGCAUUUAGAUAUUUAUCCGGGCGACAUUUAGGACUAAAAUUUUCUGAAGCUGAAAUAUCUAGAUACUCCGAAAGUUUUAAUCAUUCCACAUCAACAACAAAAAGAAUGAUUGAUUUCAUCAAAAAUUUGCCUCAAAUUAAAAUGCAAAACGUGGCAACGCCAAACGAAUCAAAAAGAAUAAUCCUGCGUUUAUCAAAACCCCUAACAACAUUAAUAGGAAAUUACGAAAAAGCUUUAAUAAGCAUCAAACAAUACGAAGAGGCUUUAAACUCAAAGUCCACCAAUUUAGACUUAUUAAAACAAAAUCUUUUUAAAAUCGAUCAUAAACAACUCAUUCGCUCACAAACCACCACCGGUCGUAGCACAAGUCACAAAGUUGGGUUUGGAAUACACGCAAGUUUUCCGGUAUUUUCGAUCGGCGGAAACUUGGAUUACAAUUACAGCGAGGAUACUUCGAAUCAGAAAGUUGAAAUGGUCGAUUUUGUUGAGCAACGCGUUUUAGAUCGAGAUAUUUAUUCGUUAAUUACUGAUGAAACCUCCGCUAAUAUUGUUAUUCAGAAAAAAAUCGCCGAAAUGGAGAUAAUAUGCGACGAGUAUAAAGCGGAGGUGAAUGUUAUUUUAGAUGCUCUUGCCACUUUUUAUGUUUAUUGUAAAGAAAAUGAAUUGAUACAUGAUGAUCCAUUUUUGAAGGAGUUUAUAGCCAUAAAAGAGGAAGCUGCAUUAGAUGAUAAACAACUCGUUGCGGAUGAACUUGAAAAAAUAAUAAAAAAAUACGAAAUAAAAAAAAAUAAUAAGGAAUAUAUAAGACCUGUGGAUAUUAAGGAAGUUGCAUUGAGGUUGUUCGAGUUAAAACACAGUGGUGAAACAUUUAAGGGAAUCAUGAAUAAGAAAUUUGAGUUUCUUAGCAUUGAAAUGAACACCAAAAAUUAACGAAAAGAAAAAAGUUUAUUGAUUGUUUAUUUCAAUUCUUUUCCUUUUUGUGUAAUGCUUUAUUUUGUCUUCCAAACUAUCUGGAAAUUUAAAAAUAUUAAUUAAUAAAAAAUAAUAAUUAAAUGA